CCUUACGUCGUCGAAGAGCAUCUCCAAGAUGGUUAGUAGCGUGCCAUGCCUGACGCACCGACGCCAGGCCGCAUCGAUGCAAGUCCCACAUACCAAGGAUGGAUAGAUGGAUGGAUGGAUGGAUGGACGGAUGGAUGCAUCGAUGGAUGGAUGGAUGGAUGCACACUCGAAUGGGAUGCGCCGACAGGCUGGAGCAAGCUCGGAAUUCACUCGACAACCGACGCCCUGCCGGUGUAUGGCACACAGCGCUCAAGACCACCCGCCGCCAGCGGAGGAAGUUGGGGCCAUCUGGUCUGCACAUCCACUGGCAGGUCCUGAGCCCCAGACCAGCCAGACCCAGCAGGCGGACAAGCAACCGGGUCGACGGCGGGUCCAUUGGACGGCCGAAGGUCCGCCGACGAACCAAGCCGAUGCGCGGAUCCUCGAUGCGAGAUCUGGAAUACCAGCCAUCUGAUUGCCGCUCCAGCGUGUGAUGCUCAUCUGCUGUUCGUAUGAAUCACAUUUGACAUGCAGGCCGGGAAGAAGGACGACAAAGCCACAAACAAGGCCAAGCCCGCUGCUUCCAGCUCUGGCGCCAAGGCCAAGAAGAAG